GCAAAAACGAUACAGUUUAACGCAAUGGCGCACAUAGAUAGAGAUUAUGCUCGAUCUUUAACACUUUGUCGUGGCUUGACGUUGGAUGAUAUUUUGAAUACGCUGGAUGACGACGAUGAUGAGACACUUCCUAACAGCCAAGAGAUAGACAUUAUUUUACAGCCCCCUACAAAUGCGUGUCAGGAUUUGACAGAUGAAGAUUCGGGCGACGAGGAUUUGAUGACCAUUGGUAACCUGCCAGGCACACAACUUAUGGCAGAAGCUGAAUUAUUCGGCAUUACUCAAGAAGAUAAGGAGGAAGAAAUAGGAAAUGAAAUAGAUGAGGAUGAUUUACCGCUACGUAGCUUGCAAGUAGCCAUAAAAAAGAAUUACUUAUGGGAAAAGAGAGAUUUAGAACCUCGACAUUUUGAAUGGCCAACGUACAUCGAUGUGAAAACAAACUUCUCACCUACAGAACUAUUUUUUCAGUUUUUUGACAACAACGUCAUCGAUAUGUUUGUAAAAUAUAGCAAUUUGUACGCUUCAAAAAAGAACGUCUUGAACAGUACUAUCACUGAAGCGGAAAUGAAAGCGUUCUUCGGCAUCUUGAUUUUGAGUGGUUAUGUCCAGCUUCCACGCCGUCGUAUGUUCUGGGAGAAUAGCAAAGACACCCAUAAUGAAGUUGUUUCUUCAGCCAUGUCAAGAGAUAGAUUCGAAUUUAUUAUGUCAAAUUUGCAUUGUUGUGACAAUUCCAAGCUAUCUCAACAAGAUAGAUUUGCGAAAGUUCGGCCACUUUUUGAAGCAAUAAAUAGAAAUUUUCAACUUUUUUGCCCCGUACGAGCUGCACACUCAGUUGAUGAGUCCAUGGUACCUUACUUCGGGAGGCACGGCUGUAAGCAGUUCAUCAAAGGGAAGCCAAUCCGUUAUGGAUUCAAAAUAUGGAUGGGUGCAAUAUCAUCUUCAGACUGCGCUGGCUAUUGUGUGUGGUUAGAACCCUAUCAGGGAUCAAACACUCAAAUUCCCACGAUGUACAAAUUGUUUGGCUUAGGGCCAUCCGUUGUGCUGCAUUACAGUACCGUAUUGCGCCAAAUGCUAUCUCUCCCGUAUCACAUUUUUUUCGAUAAUUUCUUUACUACUGUGCCACUUUUGGAGGAACUUUUGCGGCAUAACAUUAGAGGUACGGGGACAGUGCGGGAGAACAGAAUGUCGAAAUGCACAGUCCAGUCAAAAACUGACAUGAAAAAAACUACGGGAGGUACAUAUGACUACGGGUCAACCGAGAAUAAAGUACUAAUCGUCAAGUGGAAUGACAAUAAUAUCGUAAAUGUGGCCACGAACAAUUUACAAGUACAUCCUAUUCAUCAUGUGUCAAGGCUUCAGAAAAGAAAAAAGAUUACAGUUGAUCAACCUCAGUGCAUAAAAGCAUACAACGCAUUUAUGGGAGGUGUAGACAGAUGUGACGAGAAUAUUAGUUAUUAUCGUACGAGUAUCCGAGGAAAAAAAUGGUAUUCCUGUCUAAUCUUUUACCUUUUGGAUUUGUCUAUUCAAAAUUCCUGGCAUUUACAUAGGCUGCAAGGAGGGUCAAUGGAUCAACUGACAUUCCGGAGACAGAUUGCUAUGACCCUAUUGGAAACUAACAGGGUGUCCAGAAAACGUGGAAGACCAUCAUGUCUAGAAAAUGCAGAAUCCCGUUUCAUGAACACUAAUGAACAUUACUUAGUGCGGCAGGACAAGCCAACUCGUUGUCGCGUGUGUCACAAGCCGGUGCAAAAAAAGUGCUACAAAUGCGACGUUGCAUUACAUAUGGACUGUUUUGUUCCUUAUCAUACCAAGAAUUAA